AUGUCAUGGAUGAACAACACCACCACUCUUGUCAAGAGGGAGCAACAGUGUCUCUACUUCCUAAGGCGGCUCAAGAAAUUUGUCAUGCCAUCCCGGGUACUCUCCAAAUACAACUGCUGCACCAUCGAAAGCUUCCUGACCGUUUGCAUCACGGCCUGGUAUGGGAAUUGCUUUGUCCACAACCACAAGGCCCAGUACAUCACUGAAGAUGGCCCAGGAAGAGACUCUAGGGGUGCAGAUAAGACUGUUGCCAUGGUCCUGAAGGAGAUACCAAGUAAGGCGUCUUCCGAAGGGAAACCCCUCCUGACGGUGACAACCAAGCUGGUGAGUGAGCAACAAGAGAGCCGCCCCCUGCUAAGCCCCUCCAUCGACGACUUUCUCUGUGAGACCAAGUGCGAUGGAGCUGCCCGCCCAGUGACUUCAAACACAGCAGUUCUGACCUCCACAUUGGACCUAUUGGACCUCAGCGAGCCCGGAGAGAGAAUGAACAGCAAACAGGACAAGAGCCCUCUGUCGUUGUCGCAUGGGGAAGGGCCCAAGAACGGGCCUCACCGAAAGAAGACAACAGAUAAGACAGAGCUGAUCCGGGUGGCUGUGGAACAGACUUCCCCCAGCUUACACACUCCCGACUCAGUCAUCAUUGCCUCUCCUUUGGAGAAAUGGGAGGAGCUCAACCUCCACCCUGAAAGAAAUGGCAGCAGAAAGUGGAAAUUGGAAAGACAACAUUCAUCGAGAAACUCCUCCAGCGAACAUCUGUGGUCCAUAGACUGCAAAACACAACCAGAGGCAACCUCCAUGAACUCAUUGGAAGGGAAUACCAAAGCAGAGGCAGAGCCAGCUCUAGCAUUUCAAGGCCGUUUGAGUAAAGAGCGGUUCGGUGGCGGUCUCCUGUCCAGAAACCAGUCCCUGGAGGAAGAGUUUGAGCGCGCCAAGGCGGCUGUCGAGUCAGACACAGAGUUCUGGGACAAGAUGCAGGCAGAGUGGGAGGAACUAGCGCGACGGAACUGGUUAACGGAGAACGAUCAGGCCCAGACCCCCUCCAGUGUGUCGCCUCACGAGAAGGGCUACUACUUUCACACGGACAACCCCUACAAGGACUGGCCCAACGCAUUUGAGGAGGGGUUUCGAAAGUCCAAAGAGGGAGAUCUUCCCAACGCUGUCCUGUUACUGGAGGGGGCCAUUUUACAGGAUCCCCAGGACUCAGAGGCUUGGCAAGUGUUGGGGACCACCCAGGCCGAGAAUGAGAAUGAGCAGGCUGCUAUUGUCUCCCUCCAAAGGUGUCUGGAGCUCCACCCCAACAACCUCCAGGCCCUCAUGGCCCUGGCGGUGAGCCUGACCAACACGGGCAUGAGGCAGGAUGCCUGCGAGGCGCUGCUGUGCUGGCUCCGCCACAACUCCAAGUACAAGCACCUGCUGAAGAGCAAGAGACACCUGGCGGGCUCCCCGGGCUCCCAACGUAGGAUGUCUCGCUCUAAGCCAAGUUUGUCUGCCCACAGCUCCCUAUUGCUGGAGGUCAAGGAGUUGUUCCUGGAGGCUGCCCAGCACAACAGGGAUACCGACCCGGACCUGCAGACGGGCCUGGGCGUGCUGUUCAACAUCAGCGCUGAGUUCAACAAAGCAGUGGAGGCCUUCAAUGCUGCCCUGUCAGUGCGGCCUGAGGACUACCUGCUGUGGAACCGCCUGGGUGCCACGCUGGCUAACGGGGACCGCAGCGAGGAGGCAGUGGAAGCCUACACCAGAGCCCUGGAGCUCCAGCCGGGCUUCAUUAGGUCCCGCUACAAUCUGGGCAUCAGCUGCAUCAACCUGGGAGCACACAGGGAGGCGGCCAGUAACUUCCUAACGGCCCUGAGUCUGCAGAGGAAGAGCCGGAGUCGGCAGCUCUCGCACCAGGUCAUGUCGGGGAACAUCUGGGCCGCCCUGCGGAUAGCCCUGUCCAUGAUGGACCAGCCGGAGCUCUUCCAGGCGGCCAACAUCGGAGACCUAGACCUACUCAUGAAAGCCUUCAACCUGGACAUGUGAGUGGAGAUGAGCCAUGGAGACAAGGCUCUACUCUCCUACCAACAGCCAAGAAUCCAAAGUGUACAGAUGGAAAGAGCGGUUUUGUCCAGUUGAUGACUAGUGUGUGGUCUUUUUUUGCACGCACUACAAGAAUUUGCCUAUCUUUACCUCUGCAGUCUUGAGUACUGCAUGUGCUCGAAGAAGAGACUAUUUUGCGAUGGAUUUGCACUGCAAUUUGUGAUUUUUCCAGGAGAUCACAAGGACGGGCAAAGAUUGUACAAGUAGGGUAGAGUGGGGUAAGGCAUGCCAAUGGGUUGGUUGAGCCACCCCUUGUUUCUAGGAAACCAUACACAAAAUGAAUCAUGUGACCAAAUAUUUAGGACGGGGUUAUAAUUUCAUGAAGUCUGUGAAGAAAGAAACCACAUGGAACAAGUGGUAAGGAAGUUAGGUCCAAGAAAACGAUUUUCACAAAGUCAAAUUAAUGUAUUAUUAUAGGUUUCAUGACGCUUGUAUGUAAACCAAAGUAGAUAGUUUUAAGACUGGUUUAUACAUCAGUUUGGGUCUCUAUAAGCUACAAUAUGAGGUCCUUAACCUAGCAUGAAAGUGCAUCAACCUAGCUGUGUGGCCUAAUAUAGUCAAAAUGGUUGCUUUGGGGUAAAGUUGAGCCAAUGGCUAAUCAAUACAUCCCAUACAAAUGAUGCAUAGUAUUUUGUCAGUUGUAUGCAUAAUAUUUUUGCAAUUUGUCAUGCAUAUGAACUCGAUUUCUAUUGUUACAGAGCAGACAUCAUCAUGCCCUGUGUAUACAAACGUUUUUUUUUUAAAGCAGGGAUCUGGCCCCUCGAGGUUCUUGAAAGAGCAGCCAAGGAAGUGAGAGAAGGGACGAAGUCUAUUUGAGCAGCAGCAAGGGAUGAAAAAAGAGAGACACGUAAGACAAAAAAGAAAACAAAGAUUUACCUGUGUGCUAUGAUAGAGUAGCAGAGGCACAUAAAGGUCUUGUCUGAUGACAUGGAGGCUGAGCUUGCUAAACAGACCCGUUUUAUGUAGCCUCAAAUGCAAAGAACUUGCUUACGAAUUGGUACAUCGAAACAACAUCCCAGUCCGUGACAAUCUUACCCCAAGGUGUUUCCACUUACCCUGUCCCCUUGCUAAAUUUACCCCAUACCUGGGGUAAGUUAUGCCAAGAGACCAUUUUUUUGGGACAUUCUGUUUUCAAAACAUACUGUAUGUUUAAAUGAAUUCAGAUUUUUCUAGGGAUACACAACAUCCUGAAAUAUAUAUAUAGAUAUUUCACCUCAACAUACCCCACUCUCCCCUAAUGCCUUAAAGAACACCGAACACCGUGGAACUGAGCUAGAGAGAGAAAGUGAAAUGCUGAGAAUACUGUGGCUGAGCAGUGUUGAGGUUUGACAAAAACGGUUUCCUCAUCCAACUACAGUACUUUCAAAGUGUUCGGAUUGUCACACCCAUCGACCUACAGAGAGGAUUUAGUGAGUAAAAUCAAGACUACACCAUAAACUGUAGGACUCAAUCCGUUUUCAUCAGAAAAUCAAUAGAUCCUUUUAAGAGGUGGUUUAAUCCUCUUUUAAAGCAUUUCCCCAAAAUAAUUCAGUGGCACAAACAAAAGUUUUGAAUUCUUUAACUUUUCUUGCACUUUGAAAACAAACUGAUAAUUUCCUCCUAUCUUAAUGAAAUUUGCAGAUUGUAAAGCCUUUCCUCGAAACGCAUGCUAAAACAAUAUAAACAUUUACACACAUUUUUUGUACGUCAAUUUCAGAUCAAUUUUUUACUUCCUUUAAUACUUGGCAUCCUCCGAAUCCUUCAUGUUUUGUGGUGUACUCAGCUACUCAUUAUAUUUGCCAGGUUUUCCCUUACUCUUUUAUUGGUUAGAUUUUUUUUAAAUUCACUCAGAGCUGCAUAUGUACAGUACUUCACGUGUCAGAAAAACAUUUGUUCAGGUUUGUGCUUAUGGCUGGGAUGACAUUCGAACUAUUCUCUCAUGUCACAUUGCUAAAUCAAAAGAUUAAGCUUUGUAGUGAAUGGAUUGGAGGCAUUCCACAAUUUUCUAGAAGACAGCAUCUUUGUGUAACAUCUUGUAGCACCUCAAAGGUUACAAAACAUGACAACAUCUCAAGUUAAUGUCAGGUUUAUCGAAACACAGCAAAAAAAAGAAAUGUCUUCUCAUUGUCAACUGCGUUUAUUUUCAACAAUCUUAAUGUGUAAAUAUUUGUAUGAACAUAAGAUUCAACAACUAAACUGAACAAGUGCCACAGACAUAUGACUAACAGAAAUUGAAUAAUGUGUCCCUGAACAAAGGGGGGGUCAAAAUCAAAAGUAACAGUCAGUAUCUGGUGUGGCCACCAG